AAACAGCAUGUCGUUUCGAAUAUUAUGGGUCGUUUAUGAAAAUACGAAACGCAAGCGUGUCUGAAUAUACGUGACGUUAGUCGUUGCCGUUUAACUGAUGAGCACGAACCCGAGCCCAGUAACGCAGAAACAAUCAUAGACCAAAGAAAGAAUGAUUCCAUAGAGUUGAAAAGAAUCUACCAUUUUUCUCUCCCUUUUUUAUUUUCUGCAACCCAACACUUCGCAUCACUUGAAACUUCAAAGUUCAAACCACACAAAAAAAGAAAAGAAAAAGAAACGCCCAAAACGACAACAACAAUGGCUUCGUCUCUGUCGUUUUCAGAUUUCCCCGAAGACGUUCAGCUCUGCAUACUGUCGUUUCUCUCUCCCACCGAAAUCGCCACGUUCUCCUGCACAUCAAAACGCUUCGUUUCGCUCUGCACCAGCGAUUCGCGCCUCUGGUUCACGAUGUGCGAGAGAAGGUGGGGUUCCAAGACACAGAUCAAUAAAUGGGUGAAGGGUGCAGUCACGUACAGGCACCUCUAUAGAACUCUAAGCGAGUGGGAGAAUCUCAUUGGCUUCUGGCGCCGGAGCGGGCCAGGUAGCGCUUCAAUUUCUUCGCCUUCGUUGCUCUUCUUUGAGUGGUGGGAUACUUGCAUUUCGGGAUUUAGGGUUUCGCCGUCGACCAAUGGGUCAUAUGGCGUUGUUAAAGCUCCGUUUCUUUGGAUGGGUCUUUCGGAUGAUGGCCAGAUCGUUAAUUUGUUGGAUCCUGAUGGCCGCAGUGAGGUUUCCGCGCCGGAGUUCGCGGCGGUGCCGGCGAAUGGGGAGGUUGGAUUAACUGAGAAUGAGUUGAUUCCAGUGAAUUUGAGUUUCAUGGGGAGGACGCAUUUUGUUGUGGAGGAAAAUCAGAGCUUUGCUGCUGCAAAUUCUUCGAGUUGCAGUUCUGAUCAGAAGAGAAAUGGGUUUAGUAGGAGUAUGAGCCCUGGGAACCUAAGCGGCGAUGAAUACGGUAGUGUCGGAGAGGAUGUCAGUGGAUCGCCAGGAAGCUUGCCAGACCGGUUGAUGUCUGAGAUUUAUCAGCAUUUGGCAAAUAGGACUAGCCCUGGAAGUGAUAAGUCGAGGAAGCAGAGGAGAAGGGAGAAGGAGAGGCUGGCUAAGAGGAAAUGGGAGCCUGAGCAUUUUGUGAAGAUCGAGAAUUGCUCACCAACACCAUCGCGGCCUUUACAAGGCCUUUGGAAGGGAAUCUGUGAUGACAUGAAUUUAGCCUUUUACCUUGUGGUGUAUGAUGACAUCGGGGGCAUUGCCUGCCGAAGAGUUGGGGAUCCUCCUGAGCGCUUUUCCAACUAUGCCCCGGUUUUCUGGACAUCUAAAACGACAUUUCUGGAGACUCCAUUUUCUCUGGAGGAAGAAACCUUGUAUGACAGCCGGCUUCAUAUCAGACCGCAUCAAACAAGCUUUGAAAUUCAAGAGCAGUUCCACUUGUCCGAUGUCGAAGUGGUAAACCCAUUUCAGCAGUUACAUUUGUCAGGCAACGAAGUUGUCAAACGAAUUCUUCACAUAAGCUCAAGCUAUGAUUUAGUUAUUCCAGAUGCAGCUGGAAUGAUAAAUCCAAGGAGUGGAGAGGGAAGGAUUUGGCAAUACCACAAUGAUACUUUUGGAUUUGGAUUCCUUUGUGACAACUUUGUCAUAGACAUGAAGCAUAUUUUCCGCAACGGUUGUAUUGUGGAUAUAGUGAAUCCUUGAUUUAUUUCUUCUGCAUUCCUUGUUCAUAGGUAGUUAGAUUAAUGUCACCUAUACCCUGUGACAUAUUGUUUUAUUCGCUGUGAAAAUAAUUACAAUCUUCCUAGAUGGUACCUCUUUUCCUUUUACUUCCUCACCCCAAAGGUAAAACAGAUACUUAAUGUUUAGAAUAGAUGCAGAAGAAAAAUAGGAUAAGAAAUGUGCAAGCAGCACACUUUUUAGCUUUGUGUUGUUCCUCUACAUACUCAAGCAUUGGCCUUUCACAAUGUAGCCUUUCAAUUGUGGUUUUAAUUAUUUACUUAUUUAUGUCUUGAAACAUUGUGACCUUUCUAAAGUAUAUCUUGUACUUUCUUUCUCUUGAUGACUGCGAGAAAAUGG